GUUUAAAAGCCGACCAGUAGCUACCUCUCACUAUAACAUCCAAACAUAGCAAGAUUUCAAAAUCUGAUAAACGGGACCUCAGUCUGUCAUCUGCACAGAACCUGAAAAAACCUUCAAGAUUCUCACAUAGAAAGGCUUAGUAUAUUUUACACAAAAUGAAGGCUGUUAUUGUUUUGAUGCUCCUCAUCGCCACAGUCUACUGCCUACCUGUUAAGCGUUCAGCUAGCAGUUCCGAAAGCUCAGAAGAACAUGUGGUUGUUCAACGGCCAGCUCCUAUUCCACAAAAACCUGCUCUUAAACUGGUUCAGGUAGAACCUUCACAGAGCACAACAACAGAUUCUGAUGAGAGCACGGAUAGUGCAGAUGACACUGAGGAUGCAGAUGAAGAAUCUGAAACAGAUGACAAGGACGAGGAGAUCGACACUGAUUCCAGUGAGAGUGAAUCUAAGGAAAUAGAGACCACCUCUGUCCCAACAACACUGGAGCCCACCCUGGACCCGAUCAUCAACACUGGCCGUGGAGACAGCUUGGGCUACCCAAACGAUUACAAGAAAUCCAUUGUCUACGUGGAUGCAAAAGACAUUGAAAAAAUCCCUUCCCCGUACAAGUCCUAUAGCAGUGAAAAGCUGGGCGACUUGAUAGUCAUCAGAAAGAAGAUGUCUGCCUACGAUGAUCAGAGGGUCAAUGAUGUGGAAAAGGAGAUUAAACUGUUCAAGACUCUUCAGGUCCAUGAAGAGGAGGACUCCAGCACUCCUGAGAUGGAUAACACUGUCAGAGGUACAGAAGAGGACAUGGGGAACCAUGAGAUCGCUUCUGCUGGGAACCAGGUCAACGAAGAGGGGGUCAACACUAGUGUCUCUACCAGUGACAGCGCCAGUGCCAGCCAGGAGGAGACAGAGGAGUCUGAAGGCAGUCUGAGCAGUGAGGAGACCACCACCACACCUGGAUCUGCAGACAGUGAAGAAGACUCCUCACAGAGUACUGAGAGCCAGGAGAGCAAUUCGGACGAGGAGACCACCCAGACAACUGAGGUCACUGUUGUCAUAGCAAAGUAACCCAUCAGCAAAAAAACCCUCAACGGGCUGUCGACAGUAAAGAAUGCAACUGUAUUAAUUGUAUGGUGUUUUGUGACUCUCUCCACCUGACUUUAGUGUGAGUUAGAAAUCAAAUUACAGAUUACAAAGUUAUAGUUUACAGAAGCCCUCGAGCUGUGCUGCAUAAUUUGUUUAGAAGCAGUUUCAUCUCAACAGUCUUACUGUUCAUUGCACAAUUAUUUACAAUGUUAAUACAAAUAUUGUUAUAUUUUCUCUAUGUUAUUAUUGAUCAUUUAUGAAUAAAGUUUGUCCUAUAAGA